AGGAGGGAGGGGCGGGCCCUCCCGCCUCGGCGCCGACCGGAAGCAGCGGAGCGUGAGGGCGGAAGUGACGGAGGCCGUGUCGGAGGUGUCUGCGGGAGCGGGCAGGGCCGCUCAAGAUGUCGAUCGAAAUCGAGUCUUCCGAUGUGAUCCGGCUGAUCAUGCAGUACCUGAAGGAGAACAGCCUGCACCGAGCCCUCGCCACCCUUCAGGAGGAAACCACCGUCUCCCUCAACACUGUGGACAGUAUUGAGAGCUUCGUGGCAGACAUCAACAGCGGGCAUUGGGACACCGUGCUGCAAGCCAUUCAGUCGCUGAAGCUGCCCGACAAGACCCUCAUUGACCUCUACGAGCAGGUUGUGCUGGAGUUGAUUGAGCUCCGUGAACUUGGUGCUGCCAGGUCUCUUCUGAGACAAACAGACCCCAUGAUCAUGCUUAAACAGACCCAGCCAGAGCGGUACAUCCACCUGGAAAACCUUCUGGCCAGGUCUUACUUUGAUCCUCGUGAGGCAUACCCUGAUGGAAGCAGCAAGGAGAAGAGGAGAGCUGCUAUUGCACAGGCCUUAGCUGGAGAAGUCAGUGUGGUGCCUCCAUCUCGUCUCAUGGCACUUCUGGGACAGGCACUGAAAUGGCAGCAGCAUCAGGGCCUGCUUCCUCCUGGUAUGACAAUUGAUUUGUUCAGAGGCAAAGCAGCUGUGAAAGAUGUAGAAGAGGAGAAGUUCCCUACACAGCUGAGCAGACAUAUAAAGUUUGGGCAGAAGUCGCACGUGGAGUGUGCUCGAUUUUCCCCUGAUGGGCAGUAUCUGGUCACUGGCUCUGUUGAUGGCUUCAUUGAAGUAUGGAACUUCACUACUGGAAAGAUCAGGAAGGAUCUGAAGUACCAGGCACAAGAUAAUUUCAUGAUGAUGGACGAUGCAGUGCUGUGCAUGUGCUUCAGCAGAGAUACAGAAAUGUUAGCAACUGGAGCACAGGAUGGAAAGAUCAAGGUGUGGAAAAUCCAGAGUGGUCAGUGUCUGAGAAGAUUUGAACGAGCACACAGUAAAGGUGUCACAUGCCUCAGUUUUUCUAAAGACAGCAGCCAAAUUCUGAGUGCUUCUUUUGAUCAGACAAUAAGGAUUCAUGGCUUAAAGUCUGGGAAAACUUUAAAGGAAUUCCGUGGUCAUUCUUCCUUUGUCAACGAAGCUACUUUUACCCAGGAUGGCCACUAUAUUAUCAGUGCAUCCUCUGAUGGCACCGUGAAGGUUUGGAAUGUGAAGACGACAGAGUGCUCAAACACCUUCAAAUCUCUUGGCAGCACUGCUGGGACAGACAUUACUGUGAACAGUGUAAUUCUGCUGCCUAAAAACCCAGAACACUUCGUUGUUUGCAACAGAUCGAAUACUGUUGUCAUUAUGAACAUGCAAGGACAAAUUGUAAGAAGUUUCAGCUCUGGUAAGAGAGAAGGUGGUGACUUUGUCUGCUGUGCACUUUCACCUCGUGGCGAAUGGAUCUACUGUGUUGGUGAAGACUUUGUGCUCUAUUGCUUUAGCACAGUGACUGGCAAGCUGGAGAGAACUCUGACUGUUCACGAGAAAGAUGUCAUUGGCAUUGCCCAUCACCCCCACCAGAAUCUGAUUGCCACUUACAGUGAAGAUGGCCUCCUCAAGCUGUGGAAGCCAUAGCUUGAUUCUACAUGAGCUGUGAAGUGUGCCUGUUAAUUGCAGGUUAUUGAUGUUUGUGUGUUAACAAGGUCUAAAUGCACAGAGUGUGAUAUUUGCUCAAUUUUCAGUUCAGGUUUCCAGAGAAUGACAUUUUUACUUCUUGGUCUAAAGCUAGGUAGAUAGAUGCUUAAGUAUAGCAUCAGGUAAUUUUAAAUACUUUUAUUUUUACCAGAUAAUCUGAAGCAACUUCAGAGAGGUUUUUUUUUCUGUCUCCUGAAGUCUUUACUCUUCUUAAAGCAUUUAUAGUAAGUUGAACAAAGUAGGAACUGUACACACUUAAAAGUGCUCGCUGACUUGCAGCAACCAGUAAAUGACAGUAAAAUGCUUUGAGUAAAUUAUGUGGAAUAGGAACCCUGUCUGUCCUUCAGUGCUGAAACAAAGGCAAAGUUUUCCUGGAGUGCAGAUAUCUUCAGCUUGAAGGGAGAGACUUUUUUUAGUUCAGUGGAUUUUGCUGUGAUCAGUUUUCACUGUAGUUUUUUCCAAUUACAAAUAUUAAGUAAUGUCACACAUCUUCCUCAGAACUAUUCUUCCUCAUCUCCCAGCACUUCCUGUUAUAAACCUGCCUAAUGUGGCAGUGAGAUACAUUUGGGGAUUUUUUUUGUGUGUUUUUGUUUGUUUGUUUGGUUGGUUGGUUGUUUUUUGGUUUUGGUGGGGUUUUUUUGGUUUUUUUUUUUUUUCAGUUUUUUGUUCAUUUGUUUGUGUGUUUUCAUUUACUUCCAGGCUAAAAGGAAUUGUUACUUGGGCCCUCUUCCUCAAAGUGUAUAACUGCAUAAAGCUGCUCCAGACCAGCUUUAAUUGAGUGAUGCCUCAGGGGAUCAAUAUUUUAGAGCAUGCAAAAACCAGUUUACAUAGGCCGAGUUCCUAGUGCUGUGAUGGUGCACAUCCUGCAGUUGUUUUGGUGGGAUUUUUUUUUCCAGUUUACCAAGUUUUGCUUCCUGUUUUCCCAAAAGGGCAUGGCAUACUUAGGCUUUAAAUAGUUAUUUGUAAGAUUUUUUUAAAAUUUAAUUCACUGUUGACCUAGUUAAGGUGAUACUUAGGUCUCACACUAUGCUAACAAUAAGCUUUCUGACUCUUCACUUUGGAGCAGAUGAUGAUUCCUAUUUGAGAUCCUAACUUAUGCAGACUGUUGUGAAUGUACAUAAGGGUCUUCUAACCUCUGACCAUGUUUUUUCUAGGAUGAAGCAAAAAAUGAGGUUUUGUCUGUAACAAUGACACAAAUACUUGUAGAUUUCAAUCUGCACACUGAUUCCUGUCCUCAUCUGUUGAGGGGUGCUUUCCUGCUGCAGUAAUCUUUCAAACUGUAAUAAUUUUCUCUUUGAAUUAAUGAAUCAGUUCCAAAUUUAAAUAACUUUUAUAUAACUUCUUCAUUUAAAGGGCAUGAUUCUAAUGCAAAUACUGAUUGUCAGAUGGUGACUGAGGUCCUUUGGUCUGUGUUCAUAUUGGUCCAAAGAAAUGCAAAAAAAUUUCAGCUUCUGACACAGCAUUGCUUGUUUGCUAGAACUUCAGCGUUUAGUUCUAUGUUCAGCUAUAAUGUUUUAAUUCUUAGGUUGUAUUUUUACCUUCCUAGAUAUGGCAAUAAAGUUAUUUUUCAGAUGGCAAAA